UCAAACAAAAAUUUCUAAUAAACCAGUGAAGGUAGAAGUUGAAGCUACUACAUCUGAUUUAAUUAAAGAAUUAGAAGGCAGCUUACCAAAAUAUCUGACUCACAUUUCAAACAUAUCACAUCAGUAUCAAGCAAUGAAAAAUUUGAAAAACAAUUCAUCAACAGACUCGAUAUUAGUACACAUCGAUUUUAGCGAAAAUUAUGUGUGCAAAUAUAACCAAGAAGUUCAGUCAGUUCAUUUUGGAAGUGGUCGGCAACAAGUUACAAUUCAUACAGGUGUUUACUACAACAAAGAAAAUGAUGAUGUAAUUUCAUACCCCUUUGCUACAAUAAGUCCUUCACUCAGACAUGAUUCAGCAUCAAUAUGGGCACAUCUCAAACCAAUUUUUGAGUGGAUUCUUCAAAAAUUUACAAAGAAACCUAAAUAUGUUCAUAUGUUGAGUGAUGGGCCAUCAAGUCAGUAUAGAAACAAAAAAAUGUUCUAUUUGAUAUCUAACCAUGUGCAGCAACUUGUUCCUGGUGUUGAGAAUUUCACUUGGAACUACAGUGAAACAGGACAUGGAAAAGGCGCUCCUGACGGAAUUGGAGCUGUUCUAAAAAGAACAGCAGAUCGAAUAGUUGCAGAGGGAAAAGAUGUGCAUAAUUAUAACACAUUCAUAUCUGUUUUGAGAGAGAGUUGUAAAGGAGUAACUUUAUUUGAAGUUACAAAUGAUGAUGUUAAUAAAAGUGAUGAACUAAUAUCCGAAGAUAUUAAAACAUUCUUUGGAACAAUGAAAGUACACCAAGUAGCUUACAGUUCAAAAAGUAAUAUGUUGAAUUUCCGUUCUCUCUCGUUUUUUACAUGCGAUGCAUCAAUUUUGUGUAAACACUAUAAUUUGGGAACAGCAUUUGAGUACAAUAGUAAAAGUACAGUUUCAUCAGUAGAUGACUGCAAUAAAGGGAAAAAUUCUGAGGUGUUAAAUAUAGGAGAUUGGGUGUUGGUAGAAUACGAAAAGAAUCUGUACCCUGGAGAAUUAAAAGCAAUGUGUUUAAAAUAUGUCACAGUUGAUUUAAUGGUUCCAGCAAGGGGAGGAAAAUACAAAUGGCCUUUCCCAAAAGAUAUACAUAAUUAUCCACGUACAGAUAUCAAAAGAAAAAUUUCUCAACCCAUUCCAUAUGGCAAUCGUGCCAGGCAAUUUUACUUUCCAAACUUAUAA